UCUGAUUAAUAUCAUUGCUUUGCCAUCCCUUGCCGAAGUGCAAAUUUCAUUCAAUAUCUCUUCUCUUAACCAGCACCGUUUCCCUCCUAUCCCCUCUUAAUAGCACUUCUUCCCGCCGUUUUUGGUGGGAAGUUUCCUGGUUUUCCCCUUUCUUUUACUCUCGAUCUAUUGAUCUAUUCUUAUUCUCGGUUCUUCGCUAUUGGGUAUAUUAUUCAGAACAAUCCUAUUGUUCUCAUCCUCACCCUCCCCCGAUAAUAUCCUCCCCCGAUAAUAUCGAUAAUUCUUUUCGCAUCCCUCCGUGAUACUUACAGAACCAAGCUGUAACACCAUGCUUUGAGCCAACAUCGUUUUGCCAUGGAACCCGAAGGACCGCUCCAUAAUGGGGCCCACCUCGCCAUGGCCGUUUUCGUGGGCGUCGCGUGGUACAACGUGGUCGAACUCGUCAACCUGAUCUUCCUCACCUUCAAGCGAUACAAUGGAAUGUACUUCUGGAGCAUGCUGAUUUCCACCCUGGGCGUCUGCCCCUACUCGGUCGGCUACCUCAUGAAAUUCUUCAAACUCACCACCGCCACCUGGCUGCCCGUCACUCUGUUGACCAUCGGCUGGUGGACCAUGGUGACCGGCCAGUCCUUCGUGCUCUACUCCCGCCUCCACUUGAUCCUCCAGAAUGCGCGACUGCUGCGCAUUUUGCGCAACAUGAUCAUCGUCAACGCCUUCCUUUUCCACGUGCCGACCACCGUCCUCACCUUCCUGGACAACCUGCACCCCUCCGCAGCGUCGAAAAAAGGGUACGAGGACAUGGAGAAGAUCCAACUGACCGGGUUCUGCGUCCAAGAAGUCAUCCUGUCCGGCAUCUACAUGUGGGAGACCAACCGCAUGAUGCAGCACAAUCCCGACCGCGUCAACCGCAAGACCAUCCGCCAGCUGUUCGCCGUCAACCUGCUCUGUAUCCUCAUGGAUAUCGCCCUGAUGGUCAUCGAAUUCAUGGGCUUAUACUCCUACCAGACCACCCUCAAAGCCACCCUAUACAGUAUCAAACUGAAGUUGGAAAUUGCCGUGCUAGGCCGGCUGGUCAGGCUGGCCCACCAGCACGUCUGGCGCUCCCAGUUCAACGGGGGCACCGGCCGUUACCCUUCCUUUGUCGAUGCCACCAAACUCACCAAUCCUUUCGGCCAGGCCAACCAUCUGCCGCCCCAUCCGCUGUCGCCGGGCCCUCUGUCGGAAAGCUCCGGCUCCAAACCGCGCCAGACUCCGAUCGAGGAUCUCGAUGUCGAUGCCAUGCGAUGAUGAUUCGAUAGCUCAAGAUAUUUUUGUCUACUACGGCG